CGCGGAAGAUGCCGUCGGUUUCGAAAGCGGCGUCGCGGGGUGGUGGAUCCGGUGGGUCCCCGCAGACCGAGCAGCCGACACAUUAUACGUAUCUAAAGGAAUUUAGGACAGAGCAGUGCCCCCUAUUUUUGCAGCACAAGUGUACCCAGCACAGACCAUUUACCUGUUUUCAUUGGCAUUUCCUAAAUCAGCGUCGUCGUAGACCUAUACGAAGGCGUGAUGGGACUUUUAACUACAGUCCAGAUGUUUAUUGUACAAAAUAUGAUGAGACUACAGGAAUCUGCCCAGAUGGAGAUGAUUGCCCUUACCUGCAUCGAACAACAGGGGAUACAGAAAGGAAGUAUCAUCUCAGAUAUUACAAGACUGGAACAUGCAUUCAUGAAACAGAUGCCCGAGGUCACUGUGUCAAGAAUGGAAUUCACUGUGCCUUUGCUCAUGGUCCACAUGACCUUAGACCACCAGUAUAUGAUAUAAGAGAACUUCAAGCACAGGAAACCCUACAGAAUGGGCAACUAGGAUGCGGUGAAGGCAUUCCAGAUCUGCAACCAGGAAUUUUAGCAAGCCAGGCAAUGAUUGAGAAGAUCCUUAGUGAAGAUCCAAGAUGGCAGGACACAAAUUUUGUAUUAGCUGGCUACAAGACAGAACAAUGUACCAAGCCACCCAGACUCUGCCGCCAGGGUUAUGCAUGUCCACAUUAUCACAAUAGUCGAGACAGAAGACGAAAUCCCAGAAAAUUCAAAUACAGGUCCACUCCUUGUCCCAGUGUAAAACAUGCAGAUGAAUGGGGUGAACCUUCAAGGUGUGAAAGUGGGGAUAGCUGUCAAUAUUGUCAUUCUCGUACAGAGCAGCAGUUUCAUCCUGAGAUAUAUAAAUCUACAAAGUGCAAUGACAUGCGCCAAACAGGUUACUGCCCACGUGGUCCAUUUUGUGCAUUUGCACAUGUUGAAAAGGACACCAUGAAUGUAGUCAUACUGCAAACUGGUUGUCAAUCAAAGCCAGGCGCUCACCUGUUUUCAACAGACAGCGUAGGAAUUGCAAAUGAAUGGAGCUGCAGUCUUAACUCCACAAACAGCAUUACAAAUAGCAGUGGGCAGUCUGGAAAUAUUUCCUGUUCUGCAAGUCCAACUGUAACAUCAAGUUCUGCUAGCAGUAGUUCUUUAUCACCCCUUGGACCUCUUUGUAGACAGAGAUCAUUAGCAAAUGGCGUUUUGUGUUCUGAGUCUAGUGCAUCAGGUGUUUCUUCACCAACAUCUAGCUAUCCAAAAGCACCGGGCUUUGAACGAGAAGAUCAGGCAAAGCAUCGAAGCUUCCCAGCUGAGAAUCAGCAGAAAAUAAAUGAACAAGACAACAAGCAGAACCAUCUCAGUGUUUUUUCAGCAGUUAACCCACUUGCCUCAAGUAUAACUUCCAGUCUGGCCUCCAGUGUUGGAUCAGAUAGUUCAUCUCCUACAACUGUCUCUGCUAUCAGUGCCAAAGCUCUCCCGUUCUAUUCGGGCAGUAACACAGUUGAGUCAGUAAUAGGUUCUGCUUUAGAUUUGCAUUUUAAUGAUGUGAAUGUCGCAUCCAUAGAUAGAGAAUUAGAAGAUCAGGAAAGCAGCGACCUUGGAUUAGCAAGUCAAAGAUUACUGGGAAGUUCAGCACCUGUCAAUAUUCCAGGUUCUCUUGUUCGUUCCUCAUCUUUACAUUCAUCAUCAUCCCUUUCAGCCUCUCCUCUUUCACAAUCGCUGUCUCAGUCUUUUGUUUCAUCCACUCCGGCUCCUCACCACCAGCAGCCUCAGCCUUUGAAGACAGAACAUAGUAUGUUAGGCACCUCAGCCUCUUCUCACAACUCUUUAGGUUUAAAUGGUGUUACAGGGAGCAUUUGGGACUUUGUAACUGGGAGUUUCUCUCCUAGUCCAUCCCCAGUACUAAGCGGUGGCACUACCCCCUCAAUAAAUUCAAACUGCAGUGGGAAUGAAUUAACUCGAGUUAGACAGGAACUUGAUGAUGCCAAGAGAAAACUAAAACAAUGGGAAGAAUCUUGGCAACAAGUAAAACAGGCCUGUGAUGCAUGGCAGAAAGAGGCUCAAGAAGCAAAAGAACGUGCUAACGUCGCAGAUGCAGACAAACAACUCGCUCUUCAGAAGAAGGAGGAAGUGGAAAAUAAAUUAAAAAAGCUGAAGGCACAAUUAGCUGCUUGUCUAUCUACUACACUACCUUAUAUGAAAAACUAUGGAGAUAUAGAAAAUAUAUCCUUGCCAAAGCUUCGUUCCUUACAAAAUCAGCUGCACUUAGAUUUAGAAACAAUAGAUGAGGUGAUUUUUCAGCUUCAGUCAAAGAAGUGUAUCGUAUGUCAGGAGGGUGAUCGUACCAUUAUCCUGAAUCCAUGUCAACACUAUGUACUUUGUGAUCACUGUGCAGCUGCACAAGAAGAAUGUCCCUGCUGCAAGAAAAAAAAUAAUAUGUGGUAACAUACAGACAUAGUACUCAUAUUGUAUUCAUGAAUUAAAUCAUUUUAUGGUUUUGUAUUUUGUAUAAGAAUUACAUGACUCAUAAUGAAUCCAUUUAAUAGUGCUAGACUGAUUUCCAUUUUGUUGUGAGAAACUUAGUUGCUUUAAGAUAGAGAAUAUGACUUGCUCACCUUUACAUUAUCAACUUCAGUCAUUUGAUGAGGUUCUGUAGUCUUGAGCUUCUUUCAUUCCCCCCCAAUCCCAUCGCAGCCUUUUCUGACUUCCACUUACAUUCCUAGUGCACAAGCUACUUAAGUUCAUUUGCACUGUAAUCACUUUGUAUAAAUCCUACCAUAAUGCCUGAAUUAAGUCUUUAUACCUUUUAUUUUCCUUAACAGAAGAUGGAUACAUAGCAUAGAUACAGUAACUACUCACUCAGCAGUACAGAUGGUCCCUUUGCCACGUCUGUUGUGUGCGGAACACCAGAGCCAGUGUUUUGGAAUCAGUCUAACACUAUGUUUACUUGGAUGUUUGAACAACUCUGAUUAAUAUAAAAGCACUUUUUAAUUAUUGUGUUUUGUUAGAAGAUAUGUUGUAAAUUGCUUCAAGCUGCUUUCUAUGUCUUAUGUUUAUUUUUUAAUAUGCAAUAAUAUGACGUGUUAUAUGUGUACUGUGAAGUUAAAAUAUUUCACAUGGUUUUACUGUUAAAAACACAGUAUGAUUAAACAGAAAUGAUAACUUACCUAGUUUUUUUUACAAUUUAUAAGUUAACUGCAUACUGUAGUAUUUAUAAAUGUACCAGCGGAGACAAAAACAGUGAGGCACAUAUGCUUUCAUAUUCAAAGACAUGUUUUCAAUUUUGUGAAACAGAUCAGUUUUAGUAAACAACUGUGCAUUUGCAUAUUUUCCUCAGUUUGGAUGUUUGUAGUCUUAAAGUUUUUGUACCUCUCCUAACCUGUGUGGUACUCAUCCAGAGCAGAUACGAUAUAUUUAAUAUUACCAAGUGCCUAUGCCCAAUAUCCUAUAAAAUGGCAGAAGACAUAAAAAAAGAAUUUUGCAAAUAAUUUCUAUUGCUUAAUUUUGUAUUGAACAAUUUGACAAUAACUAGAAUAUGUCUCUUGCUUUUACAAAUACUUAAAAAUACACUUUUUUCAGUAAUGAAGUAAUGCAUGUUUGAAAGGAACUACAAAAUUAUUUAAGUAUGUAAUCAGGCAGUGGCACUUUGACACAGUGAUUCUUUUAAAAGGUGGUAGUGUCCUUACAUCAUCCUGGUAGUUGAGAACAUGCAGUUCAGGAGGAACAGUUAAUUAAUUACUGCAUGUUAACACUGUAUAUUUUUACUUUUCUUACAUGGAAUAAUUGCCUGCAUUACUCCUUUUUCUGUUCAAUUCAGGUGUGACACUAGUAUAACUUAGAUGGAAAUGACCUACUACUGUGUUACAUGAUUUGUAUCUCCAUAUUACUGUAUUGAGUACAAAAAAUGAGUUCACACAGGCAGCAAAGACUUAAUCUAUAUUUAAAGUUCAGUCAUGCUAAAACAAAAAACGAGAUGUAUUCAAAAAUUAUUGUCAAAUGAAAGCUUUUAGAACUGUGUCAGUAUUAAAUAGGGGGCCCAAGCCAAUAGUACUGAAAUCACUAUUUCCUUUGGGUUUUAGCAUUCUUUGUACAAAGGCUUGAGUUAGCAAAAAGUCAUUACGCAUUUUGUGUGAGAACUAAAUGUUCAGUCUGGUUGGUGCUUUCCUAAAACAUGUCAAUCUGGAGGAAUGCUGGAGGCCUUUUGGGAAGGGAGAAGUAGGAUAAAAUACUAAAUACAUUUCUACUCGCUUCUGAUUCAAAAUUUUGUCUGAAGACCACUUUAAAGACCAAAGCUGGGUUUAAUAAUGUGAUUUGGUUGACUUUAGCACAGUUUCUCUAAAAUGUUUGUACUGAGAAAAGUAUAAAAUUGGACUGUAUUUGCAUUUUCAAACACAGGAUUUUUAAAAAAUCAAAUUUAAAAAUUUAGGAUUUUCUGUCCUAAAAUAAGAUACAGCCAUUUUUAAAGUGUAGCCAGCUUUGGACUUUCAAAUAAAAGGAAGUUGGAUCACCAAGUUUGUCUGUAGGUAUUAAUGUAUUUUUUACAUCUGUGCAGUCUAUGACAAAGACUGAUUUUUGAACAGCAUUUUAGACUAAAGCAAACUUACGUUAUGUAAGGGAUUUGUUUUGUUUUGUUUUGUUUUUUUUUAACAGCAAAUCCAAGAACAAUGUGUAAUUAUAGGUUGAAAUUAUGUUACGUAUAUUUCAAACAAGCAGUUACUUUGGUUUACUGUAUUUAUCUAGUGUGGAACAGCAUAAUGCAACCAUUGUGCUCACAAAAAUGUUUAGAAGUAUCUUAGUGAAAAUUUUUGCUUUGGUAUUUUAGAAGAAACCAGCUUAGGCCACAUUGUGCUGCCUGUUACGACCUGUGCUGUAUGUCGCCCGUUACGACAUGUACAGCUAUGUGACAUUUGUUACCCAUGAGAUACAGAAUCGUGGGUUUUGUGAUGUCUUGUCAAAGUUUAUAGUUCUUUAUGUGUAUUUUAGUGCAUUUGCCUAUGUCCUAGGGCUAUUUUUUCGUCUCUUUUUUUUUUUUUUGGUAGUCACGGGCAAUUUUCCUAAUCUCGCGACACCAACAAAAAGAGAAUGUAAACAGCACUCGCAGUGUGAUUCAUCACACUGACAUUCAUAGUUCAUUCAUAGUUUGUAUGUGCUGCAUUUUAGAGGAAAUGAACUAACAUGUUUAGUCUGUUGCUUUUUGAAACUGUGUGUUUUGUGUUUUACAGUGAUGAAUCUUGAAAAUAAUAAUGCGUCUCGACGGUAAUAUCAGUACUGAAAAUUUUGCAGGUGUUCCCUGUAAGUUUCUUUGGUGCUGAAUUACAGGCACAUUUAAAAACUAUUAAGAAACCAUGUGGAGAAGGAGAAAACACAUACCAAAGAAACAUACCUAUGUGUGAAAUUCUCAAACUGGGCAGCUCUCUACAAUUGUAGAUGAAUCCUUAGGUAACCACUUGAACCACACAUCAUCAUACAUAGCAGUCAUAUGAAAAUAAUACAGUUGUUCUUCACAAAAUUCUUUUUGCGAGGAAUCACAUGCAGUUUUCUCUAUCUUAUUAAAGCAAGUCAACGGCAAAUACAAAUAAAUAUGUACUUUUACACCAAUACUUUAAAAUGCAGAGUAAUUAAAUAUAUGCAGUUGACUAGAGACAACUAUUUGGAAGUAGUCAUAAGUGAAACCUGACCUUUAUAAGUAUCCAUCCUUGCACUAUAUACACUAUCUAGAAACUGGAUACAAUAAAAUUAUAUUUUAGCGAGACUCCAGUACAGUAACUUGCUGAAUUCACAAAAUACAUUAAAGCAAACUAAACAGAUUUUCAAGAUUCAUUUUGUUAUUUGAUAAAGUUCUGUGUUAAUUUAUGUAAGAAUAUAAUUUUUAAUGUGAAUGCCACUAUGUUGUCACAAUUAUUUUAGCCUGGGGAAUAAUAGAUUAAAAUUGUGAUUUCUCAGGGUUUUUACAGUUAGGAGCUGUAAUUUAACCGGAAGUAUGCUAAUUGCAGAUAGAUCCCAAGCUGCAUGUUAUAUUAUUAUUAGUCUUCUUUGAAUAGCAGAUUAUGAGACAUACUUGUUUCGUUCUAUAUUGCCAUUCAGAUUAUCCUAGUAUUAAAUAUAGGUAGUAAUAUUAUUACUGUCACACUUUGCUUGUGUAACUGUGGUCAAUCAUCAGGCCCUAAAUAAAUAUGGAAUUUUUACUCAUAUUAAUUUAUGGAAUCCGUUAAUGUUUUGGGUGUACAGACAGAAAUGACUUUGUGAAUGAAAUUGUUCUUAAUACAAAACAUUAUUUAUAAUGCAUACUCAUUUACUUGUAGUAAACUGUUUAAAAUUGUUAACACUUGUUGAAACUUUUCUACACUAUAGCGUUUAUGCAAUGGUUUACAGAAGUCAUGGAAUUAUUUUUAUUACCAACAUGGAAAUAAACUUUUGAUCUUUA